GGGGGCGGGGGGGCUCCGCUAUGGAGGCAAAUGGGAGCCAGGGCACCUCGGGCAGCGCCAACGACUCCCAGCACGACCCCGGUAAAAUGUUUAUCGGUGGACUGAGCUGGCAGACCUCACCAGAUAGCCUUAGAGACUAUUUUAGCAAAUUUGGAGAAAUUAGAGAAUGUAUGGUCAUGAGAGAUCCCACCACGAAACGCUCCAGAGGCUUCGGUUUCGUCACGUUCGCAGAUCCAGCAAGUGUAGAUAAAGUAUUAGGUCAGCCCCACCAUGAGUUAGAUUCCAAGACGAUUGAUCCCAAAGUUGCAUUUCCUCGUCGAGCACAACCCAAGAUGGUCACAAGAACAAAGAAAAUAUUUGUAGGCGGAUUAUCUGCGAACACCGUAGUGGAAGAUGUAAAGCAAUACUUUGAGCAAUUUGGCAAGGUGGAGGAUGCGAUGCUGAUGUUUGAUAAAACCACCAACAGGCACAGAGGGUUUGGCUUUGUCACUUUUGAGAAUGAAGAUGUUGUGGAGAAAGUCUGUGAGAUCCAUUUCCAUGAAAUCAAUAAUAAGAUGGUAGAAUGUAAGAAAGCUCAGCCGAAAGAAGUCAUGUUUCCACCUGGGACCAGAGGCCGGGCCCGGGGGCUGCCUUACACCAUGGAUGCAUUCAUGCUUGGUAUGGGGAUGCUCGGCUACCCCAACUUUGUGGCAACCUAUGGCCGAGGCUACCCUGGAUUUGCGCCUAGCUAUGGCUACCAGUUCCCAAGCUUCCCUGCAGCAGCUUAUGGACCAGUGGCAGCGGCAGCGGUGGCAGCAGCCCGAGGAUCAGUCCUGAAUAGCUACAGUGCUCAACCGAAUUUUGGCGCGCCCGCUUCCCCGGCAGGCUCCAACCCGGCGCGGCCCGGAGGCUUCCCGGGGGCCAACAGCCCAGGACCUGUCGCCGAUCUCUACGGCCCUGCCAGCCAGGACUCUGGAGUGGGGAAUUACAUAAGUGCGGCCAGCCCACAGCCAGGCUCGGGCUUCGGCCACGGCAUAGCUGGACCUUUGAUUGCAACGGCCUUUACAAAUGGAUACCACUGAGCAGGUGCUUCCGUUGCCAUCACUCUGAGAGCAUACCUGGAUGUCCAGGCAAGACUGGGCGAAGUUUCUGAGUGGUCCUUUGUUUAGGUGAUGUCCUCAGACCUGGACCCCCACCAGCCUCCUCAUCCCAACCAGAGAUGGCUCACUUCGGAUUGAGGGUUGACUACGCCACAUCAUCUCACGAAUCUGCUGUAAUAUAAGACAACAGCUUUUAAAUGUGUAUAUAACCCAUGAUUUUGGUUUGGUUUGGUUUUGUUUUUCUUGGUGGUCUCCCUCCCCUUCCCUCUCCUCUCUCCUCCUUCCCCUUCUCCUUUUGAAAUCUCUUUGAAUCACAGUUGGUGGUGAUUUUGACUUAGUCCAGUACAUACCUAGCUUUAAUAUCUAGUUAAAAAGCUAACCAUAGUGUAAUUGUUAUAUUAAGGGGUUAUUAUUUUUUCUUUUUUGCUUGUUUUGAUUCUGUUCUCACUUGUAAAGGAUACUGAGAUGGUGAUGUUGCUCUCCAUAUUUUGGUACCAAUUCUGAGACUGUAUGAUAUUUCUGGUGGAACUUUACGCACCCGAGGGGAAGUUGUGACUGGCAGAGUGGGAGGUGGGCGUGGACUUCCUGUUUCGCAUUGUGGAAGUGGGAUGUAGUAAGCUGGUUAACACACUCUCCAAGCGGUUCCUUUUUUUUUUAUGACGUCUCUUUGUUAACCUAAGUCUAUCUAUUUUCGGCAAUAAGGUAAGGAUGACCAUGUUUUGCGUGUCCUCCUUUUCUAUAAGUGCUUUUUUUUCUGUUGAAAGAGGUCAUAUUAUAAGGUUUUUUGAAAUUGUGAAUUCUAAAAAAGAAAAAAAAAGAAAUGUUGUAAAUACAAUUUCAUUAACUACAUAGAAACUAUUAAGAAAGAAUCAAACUUAUUUUUGUGAGGGAGUAGGUCCCAGGCAAUUUGAUGCUCUGGAAGGAGGCGAGGGCACGUGACACAGUCCAGUAAUGAGAGAAAAGGACACGCAGCUGCCGGGACCACCUCGGGACGUGUAGAACACUUGUUGAAGCUCCUUCCUUGGUGUCAUAAGACCUAGGAACUUCAUUAGUAUCCUACCAGCCUGUCAAUCUCUCAUCUGUGCACAGCUUCAAAUGUUACCGUCUAGCUAGAGUUUUAUUUAAAAUAUGGAAAAUAAAAUCUGCUUUUCCCAAGAUGUUUUUUAAAGGAAAAAAAAAGCUACAAUUUUAAUAUUUAACAUAUUUAAAAGUUUCAAAGCACACCUGUUUGGCUUGGGGAAAGGGCGGAGAGGGAACAUUUCUUUUUCAGUCUUAAUUUUUAAAUGUUUGAUCAUUUUCUAUUGUCCAAUCAUUUCAGCACCUUCAAAGGUUCCUUAAGGAUGCUUUGCCUCUCCCCCCGCCUUGCCCCCCACCCCCCGUUGCUGGGGGACCCUGGGCCAGGAGUGGAUUAGCCGGCUGGAAUAUAUAACCUUUUCUCCAUUCACUUUCUAUUUACAAAUUAGAAAAGGCAACCUUUUUGGUUUAUAUAUAUAUAUUUUUUUAAUACCUCAGUGCUGCAAGUAUCACCAGAGAGGCUAUGGAAGAACUUUUUUUUUCUUAAUUUAUUGUAGAUGUAAGCAGAAUUUUAAAAAUAAAAGUAUAAACAUCCCUGCACUGUGACUGGUGGGAAAAACUGACACUUCCUGUUUGCACAUGUUUAAACAUUUGGCUGUUAUAAUAUAUGGUCCUCAGUUGGGGAAAGACACUUAUGAUGAAGGAUAUUUGUUAAUUUAACUUUUUUUUUUAAAUAUUGGUAAUAGGUCGGCAACAGCAACUGUAGAAGUACAACUCAAUAGAUGGCAUUAAAACCUAUUGUAGUGUGGAUAUAUAUUUUUUCUUUUUUAAAAUGUGAUAUUGACUUUUAUUAAUAUUUUUUAAAUUGUUACGUUUAUAAAUUUGGUACUUAAGGCACAGCCAGUAUGAGACACUGAAUGCGACAUUUAUUAUAAAGAGCUGCUGCACUCCUAUUUUUUAUAAAUUUUACUAACAAAGUAGACUAAUGUAGACAUUCACAGACAUGGUAGGGAAAAAGCAUCUUCAAACUAAAGCCUCCAAAAUGUUAACUCAGAAACAAAAAAAGAAAAAAAGCCCAUUUUCAAUUCUAAUUAAACAGCAACAGCAUUUUUU